GUCCUAUAGCCUCUCAUGGCGGCGGUAGGGACUUGGGCGCGGCGCCGCGGUGAUUGAGCUGCGAGCCUGGCGGGCGUGCGCCUUGCCACGUGCCCCCCCCCCACCCCCGGGCUCCUCACCCUGAUGCUGCACGGGUGCUGAGCCCGCCCGGGUCGGGACGAUGGUGAAGUAUUUCCUGGGCCAGAGCGUGCUCCGAAGUUCCUGGGACCAAGUGUUCGCUGCCUUCUGGCAACGGUACCCGAAUCCCUAUAGCAAACAUGUCUUAACCGAAGACAUAGUGCACCGGGAGGUGACCCCUGACCAGAAGCUUCUGUCCCGGAGACUCCUGACCAAGACCAACAGGAUGCCACGUUGGGCAGAGCGACUGUUUCCCGCCAACGUUGCUCACUCGGUGUACAUCCUGGAGGACUCGAUUGUGGACCCACAGAAUCAGACCAUGACCACCUUCACUUGGAACAUCAACCACGCCCGGCUGAUGGUGGUGGAGGAAAGAUGUGUUUACUGUGUGAACUCUGACAAUAGCGGCUGGACCGAAAUCCGUCGGGAGGCCUGGGUCUCCUCUAGCUUAUUUGGUGUCUCCAGAGCUGUCCAGGAAUUUGGUCUUGCCCGGUUCAAAAGCAAUGUGACCAAGACAAUGAAAGGCUUUGAAUACAUCCUGGCCAAGCUACAAGGUGAGGCCCCUUCAAAAACACUUGUUGAGACAGCUAAGGAGGCCAAAGAGAAAGCAAAGGAGACCGCACUGGCAGCUACAGAGAAGGCCAAGGACCUGGCCAACAAGGCCGCCACCAAGCAGCAGCAGCAGCAGCUCGUAUAGCCCUCUUCCUCUCCCUCCUCCCCGUGUACUUGAUUAUUAAAGAUG